AAGAUUCUCUUUAACGUGAUUACUUACAAGUAAUAGUUCCUCAUCAUGGCUGAACUAUCACCUGAAGAAAUUCAGCUGAGGGCCAACCAGGUCACUGAUGAGUCUUUGGAAAGCACAAGGAGGAUUCUUGGCUUGGCCAUUGAGUCCCAGGAUGUUGGCAUCAAAACUAUCACCAUGCUGGAUGAACAGGGAGAACAACUAAAUCGCAUAGAAGAAGGCAUGGACCAGAUAAAUAAGGAUAUGAGAGAAGCUGAGAAGACACUGACAGAGCUCAACAAAUGUUGUGGGCUCUGUGUCUGUCCUUGUAACAGGACAAAAAACUUCGAGGCAAGCAAGGCAUACAGAGCAACCUGGGGAGAUGGAACAGAGAACUCGGCAGAUCAUGUGAUAUCCAUGCAACCAAGAAGUAUAAAUCGGCAGCAGCCUCAGACUUCUGGAGGACCAAGUGGUGGAUAUAUUACAAGGAUAACAAAUGAUGCCAGAGAAGAUGAAAUGGAUGAAAAUCUCGCUCAAGUGGGAAACAUUCUUGGGAAUUUGAAAAACAUGGCUCUGGAUAUGGGCAAUGAGAUUGAUGCCCAGAAUAAACAAAUAGACAGGAUAAAUGUAAAGGCCGAUACAAACAGGGAACGCAUUGAGCAAGCCAACAUCAGAGCCAAGAAACUAAUUGACAAUUAAAGCCUGCUGUCAUUGUUCAAUGACACUGUCUCUCCAGCUGCAAGCCACCAUAUUCAUGGAUCUGUGAAACUUCUCCUAUUCUGAAAUAAGAGGGGCUGGGAAAAAUGAAGCAUUACCCUUUCUGUAGGGAUUAAUUUUCUCUUUUUUUUUUUUUUAAUUGCUUCUUGUAAAUGUGGCCUUGACUCUGAGAAAGCAGCCAACAUAACUUCCUCCUACUCGUUUGCCUUCACUUUCUUUAAACUGCUCAGGGCUAAAAGUGUUAUGGCUUUGAGAAUCUCCUUGCAUGUUUUUUCCCCCUCCCAGUCUCUUUUUUUCUGCACCCAAAAUAUAGUCCUUUAUUGAAGUUGAACAAGCAGGGUAACCUGAAGUCACAGUUGUGGAAAGUUGGAGAGGGCACUUUGCACUAUUUGAAAUACCUCAUAAGUUGAGUGUCUUCACUAAAAUAGGGACUCGGUGAAUAUUGUCUGACUUGUAUCUCUAGCAGGCUAACCAUAGUUUUACAAUCCAAACCUCAUGAUUGGUUUGGGGUUGAGUUUGUGAUUUACAGAAUUGAAGAGGCCCACUACUUACUACUUGUGGGUUAAGGGCUUUAAAACACUUCCUAACCACAUGAACUUUAAGGUAAAGGUAACUGGAGGGUUACCCAGGCUUCUGUUUCUUUACAGUAAAUUGACAUUGGUUUG